GCCUAGCAAAGUUUCAGCCCAGUUAAAUAAGAUGACAUCAUCAAAGAUGUAGCGAAAGACGAAGAGCAUGGAGAACCAGAAUGAGACUCUCCCUCGAGACUUGAUCAGAGAAAUUCUCCUCAGAUUGCCGGUGAAAUCUGUUCUGAAAUGCAAGCGUGUCUGUAAGACAUGGCUUUCUCUUAUUUCCGAUUUGGCAUUUCCCAUUAUGACCUUGCUGCCGCACCCUGCCAUCGACUUGUUUUCAAAUCAAAGGGUUUUCUUGUUAAUAGCAUUGAUGUAGACGCACCCCUUUUCAUGAAUUCCGCUGAACUGAAUUUCCUUUCCACCCCUCCAUCACCCCCGCACGGUGCUGCUCAUCAUCAUAAUAAUCAUAAAUAUAUUAUUCUUGGUUCGUACAGAGGGAUACUACUUUUAUACUUCCUGUUCCACUAUGAUCUCAUUCUUUGGAAUCCAUCAAUUGGUGUCCACCAACCAUUAACAUACUUUAAAUUUGACUUCACCACCAUUGCCAUACGUAGCUAUGGUUUUGGCUAUGACUCAUCAACAAAUAACCACUGUUUAGUUCUGAUUAUUUUGGAUGAGUCUGAAGAUGAUGAUGAUGAUGAUGAUGAUGAUGAUGAUGAUUGCAUGGUUGAAAUCCGGGUUUGUUCUUUUGAAUCUGCUUCUUCUGUUUCAUAUAAGGAUAUUUUUUUUCCAUACCAUUACAUUAACAACAAAUUCUACGCUGGGUCAUUUUUUAAUGAGGCUCUUCAUUGGUUGGUUUUGACCGACGAUGAAGAUGUUCCUGUCAUAGUUGCAUUUGAUCUGAUACAAAGGAGUUUAUCAGAUACUAUUCCUCUCUUUGAUCAUUUCACUGUGGAAAAAUAUAAAGUUCAAAGUUUUGGGGUCAUGGGAGGAUGUCUCAGUGUGUGCUGCUUGGUCCAAGGCUGUGCAACUGCCGAAAUAUGGAUGAUGAAGGAAUAUAAAGUGCAGUCAUCUUGGACUAAGUACAUGGUUAUACCUAUUUAUAAAAUUCCUAAUUAUCACUUUUCCCCCAUAUGCAUCACUAAAGAUGGUCACAUUUUGGGAUCAAAUACCGGAAGAAGAUUAGAGAAACGUAAUCACAAAGGAGAACUCCUUGAGUUUCUCACAUAUGCUGGAGGUGGAGAUUGGUGCUGUUUCAAUCUACUGUCUGCUAUGUAUAGAGAGAGUCUACUGCUCCCUAGUGACAUCAUUGGGGAACCAAGUGAAGAUGACCAAGAGUAGCAGACAAGAAUAUCACGGGCAUGAAAUAUGCAAGAAUACGUGCAAUUAUCUUGAUGUCGCUUUCCUACAAAUGGUGACACUGCUAGCAGAGACCAUAGCACUUGGAAGAGAAUGGCAUAUAUAUGAUAUUAAAUUAUCUAGUGUUUAGUGAAGAUGCCGCACUAAUGUCUGUCUUAGUGUAGAUUUCGGUGAAGUUAGAGUAUCAGCAGUCUUACAAUUUAACUAUGUUUCAGAUUAUCCCUUUUCCUCUUAAUUUUAAUAUGUUUGCAGUUUGUUUAUCUUACGCUCUUUUAUAUACUUUUCAGAUUCAAGUCCUAUUUAUUUGAUUCA